GUUUGAAAGAAAAAGGUAUACAAGUAGAGGAUGUUACACAUGUUGUAUGUACUCAUGGACAUUCAGAUCAUAUUGGUAAUUUAAAUUUAUUUACCAGUGCACAACAUAUAGUCGGGCAAUCAAUAUGUCAUAAGGAUGAAUACAUAUAUUUUGCAUUUGAAGAGGGUAAUCCUUAUAAAAUAUCUGAAAAUGUUGAAGUUAUUGCCACACCUGGACAUACUCUUUCUGAUGUCAGUGUAAUUGUAAAGAAAACUACUCUUGGAACAGUAGCAGUAGUGGGUAAGUAA